GAGUGGCGUCGAUAAAAAAUGCAGAAACCAACGAUGUAGGCUUAUACAUAUUGGCUAAUUUUAGUAGUGAAUCCUUGAACGUUUAAUUGCGAACAAGCAUAUCAGAGGCACCAACCACAGAUUCCAAAGUACCAAAUUGAUAUACAAGUUGUUUGUUUUUGAAGGAAGUGAUAUAAGUGACAUGAAACAGUAACUGUCAGGUUAGUCAACAUGAUAGAAAUAGUUUUGAUUGUGACCGCCUUGGCGGUCCUAAUGUAUUAUGUGGGAUACAAACCCAUGCAAUAUUGGAAGGAUCGAGGAAUAAAACAGGGAACAACCGCCUGGUUUUUUGGCGAUAAUCUCGGUACAACAAUAAAAAGGGAAAGUUUCGCUGAUAUGGUAAUAAGAGUGUAUAAUGCAGUGCCAGAAGUACGAUACUCUGGAGCAUACCAAUUCACUAUACCCACCCUUGUUAUAAAAGACCUAGAAUUGAUCAAGCAGAUCGGCGUCAAAGACUUUGAUCACUUUACUGACCACAGAUCAAUCAUAUCUGAAGAUGCUGAUCCACUAUGGGCAAAGAAUCUGUUUGCCUUAACAGGUCAAAAAUGGCGGGACAUGAGGCCAAUUCUAAGCCCAUCUUUUACCAGCAGCAAAAUGAGAGCGAUGUUCGUUUUGAUAUCUGAAACGGCAGAAUCUUUUACUAAACACUUUUUAGAACUCAAUCAAGAUGUCAUAGAGAUCGAAAUGAAAGACACAUUUACGCGUUUUACCAACGACGUUAUUGCUACGACCGCUUUUGGUAUUAAAAUUGAUUCUAUGAAGAAUAAAGAAAACGAAUUUUUUGUCAUGGGCAAAGAUAUCACCAACUUCAGUGGAUUUUGGAAAAAUCUUAAGUUUUUGGGCAUAAUAUUUUUUCCAAGAUUGUUUUCAUUUUUAAAACUUGGUAUGUUCACUGGACAUGUAAGAAAAUUUUUCACUGAUCUUAUUGAUGACACAAUUAAAGUCAGAGAAGAAAAGGGAAUAGUACGUCCAGACAUGAUCCAUCUUUUAAUGGAAGCAAGAAAAGGAGUUCAUCAACAUGAAGAAAAAGUUAUAGAUACAGGAUUUGCAGUUGUCGAAGAGGCAGAUUUAGGUAAAGGAGUCGUCAAAGAGAUGACCAACAUAGACAUCGCUGCUCAGGCGAUGAUCUUCUUCUUUGCUGGUUUUGAUUCGGUAUCUUCGUUAAUGUGUUUCCUAUCCUAUGAAUUGGCAAUCAAUCCUGACAUUCAGAACAGCCUUAGAACAGAAAUAGAGGACACGUUAGAGCAGUAUAAUGGCAAGGUGCCAUAUGAAGCGAUAUUAAAAAUGAAAUAUUUAGAUAUGGUAGUGUCAGAGGCGCUUCGAAAAUGGCCAACAGGUGUAGCAGUAGACAGAAUUUGCACCAAACCAUACACAAUUGAACCUGCCACACCAGAUGAGAAACCUGUCUACCUCGAGAAAGGCACGACAAUAUGGUUUCCAAUCUAUGGUUUACACCGUGAUCCUCAGUACUAUCCAGACCCUGAGAAGUUUGACCCUGAGAGAUUUAACGAUGAAAACAAAUCAAAGAUUCAAACUUACGCUUACAUCCCGUUCGGUGUUGGACCUAGGAACUGCAUCGGAUCUAGAUUUGCACUUUUGGAGACUAAGGUCGUGUUCUUCCAUUUAUUGGCCAACUAUGAGAUUGAGCCUUCGGCUAAAACACAAAUACCGCUGAAACUUUCUAAGAAGCAGUUCAAUUUGGCUGCCGAAGGGGGCUUUUGGUUCAAUCUGAAACGUAUAAGGAAAUAAACUGAAGUUGAAAUGAUGAGAUAUAUUACAUUAAAAAGCAUUUAUCAAUAAACUGAUUUUGAUAAUAUUAAUAUAUUGGUAUUAGAUACAGUCGGAAAAAUGAAAGAAUACCCAUGAACGAACAUAUAAAACACGCUGUAUUUUCCUGUCACCGUGUCUCAAAGAAAAUUGUCCAGUGGAAAUACAUGUAACAAUAAUUGUUACAUGUACUUGCGCUGGCCAAUUUUUUGUGUGACACGGUGACAGGAAAAUACAGCGUGUUUUAUAUGUUCGUUCAUGGGUAUUCUUUCAUUUUUCCUACUGUAUCUAGUCCAUAUAUUUAAAUAAAACUAUACAGGGUGUAACAAAAAUAUAGGUCAUACAUUAUACCACAUAUUCUGGGACCAAAAAUAGGUUGGUUGAACCUAACUUACCUUAGUACAAAUGUGCACACAAAAAAAAGUUACAGCUCUUUGAAGUUACAAAAUGAAAAUCGAUUUUUUCCAAUACAUCUAAAACUAUUCGAGAUUUUUUAUUGAAAAUGGACAUGUGGUAUUCUUAUGGCAGGAAAAUCUUAAAAAAAAUUAUAGUGAAAUUUGUGCACCCCAUAAAAAUUUAAUGGGGGUUUUAUUCCCUCAAACCCCCCAAACUUUUGCAUACGUUCCAAUUAAAUUAAUAUUGUGAUACCAUUAGUUAAACACAAUGUUUUCAAAACUUUUUUGCCUCUUAGUACUUUUUCAUAAAGCCAGUUUUUAUCGAGAUAUUUUGAAUAUUUGUCAAAUCCACCACAUUUUUGUAUAUGUUUACGUAUGACUAUAAGAGACCUGGUAAUAACAUGAAGAUUUACAUUUUUACGUAUGUUUUGAACCAAUUUAAAAAAGAAGCCACAUCUCGAUAACAGAUGCCUUAUCGAAAAAAUAGUAAGAGGCAAAAAAGUUUUAGAAACACUGUGUUUAACUAAUGGUACCACAAUAAUAGUUUAAUUGUAAUGUAUACAAAUAUUUGGGGGGUUUAAAAUAACAAAGCUCCCAUAAAAUUUUUAUGUAAACAUAUUAAAAAGAAGCCGCGUCUCGAUAAAAACUAGAUUAUCGAGAAAAUAUUAAGAAGCAAACAUUUUUAAAAAUACUGUGUUUAGCUAAUGGUAUCACAAUAAUAAUUUAAUUGGAACGUACGCAAAAGUUUGGGGGGUUUAAGGGAACAAAACCCCCAUAAAAUUUUUAUGGGGUGCACAAAUUUCACUAUAAUUUUUUUUAAAGAUUUUCCUGCCAUAAGAAUGCCACUUGUCUAUUUUCAAUAAAAAAUCUCUAAGAGUUUCGAUAUAUGGAAAAAAAUCGAUUUUCAUUUUGUAACUUCAAAGGGCUGUAACUUUUUUUAUGUGCACAUUUGUACUAAGGUAAGUUAGGUUAAAUCUAUCUAUUUUUAGUCCCAGAAUAUGUGAUUUAAUUUAUGACCUGCAUUUUUGUUACACCCUGUAUACUUAUAUCUAAUUAAGUGAUACUUAUUUUUAAUACUUAGAGAUUGUGUGUUACGUUUACCAUUUAUUUUAUUAAUAAAUAUAUUUUUACGA